UCAGACGGCGACUCCGUUCAUCGAAGGAAUACUCUUGGUACCCUUCACAAGAUACUAUAAAAAUCUUUAAUUCAAGAUCUCUGUGUUUAUCUUUGAUCGGGAGAUUCGCAGGUUUAUUUCGUCGUUCGUUGACUCUCCAGAAUUAUUGCGACGAGAAGAGCGCGACGAGUGAUCGGCGUUUCUUAUCGAUACGAGGAUCAGAUCGACGACCUUGAUUGAUAGACUACAAUUCGAUUUAGGAAAUCCUGUCAGAUCUUGUUUGAAAGAAUCUCAAGUAUCACAAGACAAUAAUCGACUAGAAAAGGUUCGAAUAUCGAAUCUACUCAAAAAAUGAUCACGGUUCUCUGAGUUCGUGAUUUUUGCUGCACCAAAAUCUGAAUUUCAAAAUCUCGAGAUAUUGCCAAGAUUUCAAGAUUUUUAUAGUAUUUGUUUCUAAUAUUUUAAUCUUUUCUCUCCACAAUUUAUAUUCUUAAUCAAUUUCUAAUAUUUCCGCAGUUAGCCACUAUUGCGAAUUUUGCGCAAAAGUAGUUUUUCGAUAUUUCUCAUCAUUUCGUAAAAAAGAUAUUUUUUUCAAUAUAAAACUGAUGAGUAAGUUUCUAUCUGGAGUUAUUCAAUGUUACAUGUAAGAAGUCUUUAAAUCAUUGGUUUGCUUUAUAGAGCAUAGAGCUAGUCUUAUUAGAGCUCAGAAUAAGUCUUACUUCUGUCAUCUUGAGUCUACAUCUGUAUAAAUACAAAUGACUCGCAUGCUUUAUGUGUUGUUAAGAGAAGUGUAUCUUGAUCUACCUUGAAUUUAUCGUGAUCUACAUUAAUCGAAAAACAAAAGCAAGAGAAGAAGAAAAAUAUAUACGUCCAAUAAUCGAACUAUGAUCAAUGCUAAUAACUCCUAAACAAUAGCGUAUAAGUUUGGAGGAAAAACAAUAAUAGCUAAUGAGAUAAUCGAUACCCAAAGAGAAGUGACGUUUACGUCAAAUUAUAACAAUUGAUGUAAGCCAGUUGGCAAAUAAUGAUAUCAAGACGUUGUUAUUGUAUUGCGAAUUGCGUUUUACGCCAUUAAGAUAAGUUUUUCGACAAAUUUAAACAAGCAAACACUAAGUGAAAUUAAAUUUUUAAACCGAACAAAACAUAUUAUAAAAAUUGCAAUCAUGGUAGCGGAUAACUGGCAAAAUUAUACUUUGUCAACUUUGAUGUUUACUAAAACAACGAUAAUGCCCGAUGCAAUAGCGAGCAUUGUACCGAAGAGACACGUGAGUUUAGUUUCUCAAGUUGUAUUGACUCUUGUCUACAUAACCGGUGUCAUCGGCAACGUGUCUGCCCUGGUCAUCCUCUUCCAUCGAGAUAAGAGGAGAAACCGUAAGCACCUGCUGAUGCUGCGUUGUCUAGCAACCAACGAUCUCGUGGCAUUGUUGGGGAUGUUGGUACAAAUGUACGUCACUAUCUAUGUAGGUAACGUGAUGUCCAUGAGAAUAUUUUGCUCUCUACGUGUGGUUUGGCGACUUUUCGGCCUCUUCAGCGGUUGCGUCGCCAUUGUCAUGGCAGCAGAGAGGUGGUUGGCCUUGACUAGACCCUUCGUUUAUCAAAAGCAGGUAACGUAUCCGGUAAUUGUGCGUUGUAUGUUGGCGCUUUGGCUGGUCGCACUGGCGAUGACCAGUCUGCCAGUUAUGGGCUUCGGAUUGUACUACAAAAGCGAGCGUUGCGUACGCUAUAGGGAGGCUACAGAGCCGAGCGACAUCGCUUAUGCUUAUGUAUGGUUCGUUUUCGGUACACUCUUAUGCUUGUCCAUUGUCUGGUGCAAUUUGGCAGUCUCUAGAGCUUUGAGUAGAUUAAGUCGCCGCGCAGGUUCUCUCAGGCGAAUCUGCAGAGCCUCAUCGCGGGCAAAACCUUUGCUAACCGUAGCCGGACCUCCGAAUCGACCGGAAGCUGCUACGACUGAGGAAAAGGCAUUUGCACGACUUAUGGCUGUAUUAUCGAUAUCAUUCGUUAUCUGCUGGAUGCCACAUAUGAUUUCUAUUCCGCUGGCUCAAUUCGCGAUACGGCUACCACAAACGGCGAUCGCUAUACGGAAAUUCAUUCACAUCUUCCACACCAUAGCCGAUAUUCUUUUAUGCAUUCACUUCACCUUGGAUCCGUAUAUUUAUGUACUUCUACGAGUACCACGGCCGAGAUUUCGAUUACUGAAACCACUCUGCAAGAUCUGCUGGCCGGAUCGAAGCCGAUCCAACUCGUUUACAGGAACAAUGGAUCAUCAAUGUAGUAGUGGUGAUCCACCCACGCCGAUUACUGAGGCUCCAUCGACACCUGUUAGCGAGGAGCAUGAUUCGCAUCUCGUCACGGCAUCGGCAUCUCUCUGAGACCGGUCUGUGCGAAUGAUCUUAAAGCGAUUGAAAAAUCACACGACCACGUAUGAACACUUGAAUUGUUUCGGCACCAGAAGAUAUUUACUUCUUUUUUGACUGACUAUCGAAGACACCAUUCAUUUACGCAAUGCAAGUUGAUUUUCUACGCACAAAACCACAAUUACUUAAAAUACUUAAAGAGAGAGAGAGAGAGAGAGAGAGAGUUUUAACUUGUAGAUAAAAAAUAUACUUUUGAAUCGAUUUACUCUUAAAUACGUACUUAUGUAAGCUUCUAGUCAGUAAUAAGCG